CAUUCUUGAAGCUACAAGGAUAUCAAAACCCUAAACUAGCGAGAGAGAGUCGAACCCUAAUUAUAUUGCUAAACCCCCAGGCUGCCCUACCCGAACACAUUCUCACGAUAACGCUACUUCCAUAUAGCGAAGGGGUUGCAGGGUCUGGUCAGCCAUGGCGACAGCUUGCACGGUGAAAGAUGUUUCUCCUCACGAGUUUAUCCCUACCUACGCUGCACAUCUGAAGCGAUCCGGAAAGAUUGAAUUGCCACACUGGACGGAUAUUGUAAAGACAGCUACAUUUAAGGAACUUGCGCCCUAUGAUUCUGAUUGGUACUAUGUUAGAGCAGCAUCAAUGGCAAGGAAAAUCUAUUUAAACCAGGGAAUUGGAGUUGGGGCUUUCCGAAAGAUAUAUGGUGGCCGUAGAAGGAAUGGUGUUGCUCCACCACAUUUUUGUAAAAGCAGUGGGUCUAUUGCUCGACAUAUACUCCAGCAAUUGGAAAAAAUCGGCAUUGUUGAGAUUGAUACUAAUGGUGGAAGGCGCAUCACUUCCAACGGCCAAAGGGAUCUUGACCAAGUCGCUGGUCGGAUUGCAGUUGCUGCACCCUGAGCAAUAUGCAAUUGGAUUUGUGGUUUUCACAAAGCAAUUUCAGUUUGUUCAUGUUUGGUUGAAUGUUAAACAGAUAUUUUUAGGCUUUUAGGCCUAUAUAAUUUAUUGCGGAAGUGCUUCAUGGAGCAAUGGUUUGAGAAAACUGGGUUGCAGUUUAGUUAUGGUUUAAGAAUGUUUUGUAGUUGGUAGUUUUGGUUCAGGAAUGCUUUGGAUAAGAUCAUUUUAAUUUGCAUGAAGGGGAGUUUUUUCA